ACAACCCGCAUCCACCUUUUUUUCCUCCGCACCAGCGGCCACCACCGCAGCAGUGGCGAGCAUAUCCACCCUACUCUCCAUACCGACGCACCUAAAAUCGAGGGUACUUGGCUUCCUGCUACUCGCGCGCAGCAUCUGGACCUGAGCGUGGGUGGGUUCUCUUCCACCGCGGAACAUCUGCUUAACUUUUGCCAGGAGCAGACGGCGGCGCGAGGAGCUCGACGAAGAGGAGGUGCACGAGGACGAGGUGCGAGAGGUGCGCGACGAGGUGCGCGUGGAGUGCGAGGAUGUGGAUGUCGAUGUCGAGAAGAAGCUGCGGUACGUGCGGCUGGUUUGCGUCGAGUCGAAGCUGUCGGGCCGUGGGCCGCUGGAUGACGGCAGUCGGCGGUGCCGCGGGUGGAAGGCGUGCAUCGUUAUGUGGUGUUUUUGUUUCUGCUGGUGUUGUUUCUGGUGUUUUUGUGGAUGUGGAUGUGGUGGUGGUUGUGCGCGAACAGCCUUGUAUUUCGGAUUGUGCAGGGUGUAUGGCAGCUCGGCGGGGUUCGGCAGGACCAGGUCGGUGAAGGAGCAGUAGAAGUCGCGGUCGCGGUCGCGGUCUUGAGCUUGUUGAUCUUUUUUUCGCAGCAGCGGAGGAGGCGGCAUGGCGUCGGUAUUUGUUCUGUGAGCGAGCAGAGCAGAGCAGAGCAAGCAGAGAAGAGCAGGGCGCGGGAGUUGUGUGACGUGGGUGGUAUGGGUUGGGUGUGUGGACGGGGGGGAUAUAUGGCGUUGUGACAGCUCCGAAUAUGGAGGGUGGUGGUGCGGUUGGGGGCGGAAGUGGCUGGUGUGAUGGUCGUGCUGGUGGUCGGCGUAAUUGGUAAGUUUGCGGGUUACCUGUGGGUGGGUAUCUGCCGUCGUCCAAUUCGUGGUGGAGAUAUGGUCGACUGCGGUGGUGGUGGCAGUGGUGGUGAUGAUGAUGUGAAGAUCAGUUGCGGUCGUAGGCGACUUGUACUCUAGGGCAGGCAGGUAAGAAGUACUUUCGUGCGGGGGGAUCUGGUGAGGCAAGCAAGUAUAAGCCGUUGAGUUGACUUGGGAGAGGGGAUCAUCGGGCGGGGACGAGGUUGCAACUUGCAACUUGCGGAGUCCCAGUUGGUGGAGCAGCUGCCGAAGGAACGAAGGACGUGCGGGCGGGGCAGCUGCGAGCGAGCGAGCGAGCG